AUGAAAGAGGGUGGUGACGAUGAUGGAGGUGGUGACGGUGGUAGUUGGAGGAUGGUGUCUGCUGUCAUUAUUAACGUCAAUUUGUCGCCGUUUCAGACGCGUUUCGCCAACCGACACACACAAAUUCAAUAUUCGACGCACAUAUCAUUUUGUGACAACGCGACUUGGAUUGAAGCCGAUUCGGCAAUCACCGAUUCAACGACCAGCUCAUGUGCCGAUUGCUGUUGCCUUGUUGGACAAGGGUGCACGAGGAAUUCCAGCAUGGACCAUCCUCUCUACCUCACUCACCUUGUCAUCACUUUGCACAUCAUGCCAUCAUCACAAACGCUACUGCCGCCAAUGAUCUGGGCACGAUCAAUGCAGACGACUAAGAGGGCGCUACCUCGUCCUUCGGUCGUUCAAACUUGCACUCGCACCGUGUCAUCGACCGCUUCACGUCCACUCGCACAACCUCCAUCUCAGUCACAAACCGAAUCUGAAGAGCUCAAUGAAGCACAGCGUUACCUUGCAAAUAAAGCAGCUCGCAAAACGCAGCGGGCGAGCAACCCUACUGGCGCCUCUGCAAGACACGCUUCACUCUACAGUCAGCUGUUUCCCGCUCUGUUACGCAUCCUCGCAUACGGCAGCAGCGCCUACUUUGGUCUACAUCUACUCUGGAACAUCCUCGAUCGAGAUGAGCAAACACAACUCAUGACAACGCAGACGAGUGCGCUCGAAUCUACUGCCAGAAGCAUCGCAGCCAAGGUGGACGAGGCCGUUCGCCAAGCAGAUCCGGCUGCCUCGUCGUCAAACACCCAAGAAAAUUCAAAGGCAAAGAGAUCGUGGUACUGGCCCUUUUGA